AUGUCGAGCCCCUCCAUCUCUCCUGGUGUCACCAAGUUCAGUGAACAAGAUCGUGAAGGACACUCUGCACCCUGGAUCCAGCCCAAGAAGAACAUUGUCCUGACUUCUCAUGGCCGCCCACCGUGGUACGGUGAAGAUGGUCAGCGAAUCUGUGAUGCUUUCGUCAUUGGGAUAGCUGGUUCCAUACCAACUGUGAUCAUCCUCUCCCAGGCAAGUAGCGGACACUUCUACAAGUACCACACCCCCGAGGAACUCGUCCUCGCUCAUGCUAAUAAAUUGGAUUUUGACCAUCCCGAUGCUCUCGACAUGCCUAUCUUCGCUUCGUGCUUGGCUGACCUGAAGGCAGGGAAGCAAUCAAACAUUCCAAUUUACUCUUUCUCCGAGCAUCAGAGGCUCGAGGAGAAGAAGUAUCUUUAUGGCGCUAGUGUCAUCAUUGCGGAAGGAAUCAUGGCUUUGGUAGAUCCCUCUCUAAGGGCGCUAUACGAUCUCAAGGUCUUCGUUCAAUGUGAUCCAGACCUUAUGCUCGCACGUCGUAUAAAACGAGACGUGAAAGAGCGUGGACGUGCUGUGGAUGGCAUUCUAGACCAGUACCUUCGUUAUGUGAAACCGUCCUACGACAAUUUCGUCCGCCCGACUGCCGCUCAUGCUGACAUUAUCGUUCCUGGGUCAAACAAUGCUGUGGCGAUAGACUUGAUGUGUACCCACAUACGACAGCAACUUCAAGAACGGUCCAAACGAUUCCGCGGGAAGAUUGCAAUCCCGCACUUGUACCUACCCUCCAAGUCUGGUGCAUCCACGCCUGAAAGUACGAUAGAGGACCUAGAUUUGCACAUCAUGCCCCAGACUCGACAAAUUGAGGGUAUUUUCACCAUCCUUCGCGAUAAGGAUUCCAGCCGCCAGGAUUUCGUGUUUUUCGCUGACCGCCUUGCAACACUUUUGGUGGAACAUGCGCUGCAAUUCUUGCCUUACACUCCCAAAACUGUUGUCACUCCAGUCGGUGCUGAAUACGAUGGCCAGAAGCAGGCUGCCAAGUACGUUUGCGGUGUGACUAUCAUGCGAUCCGGCGGUGCUCUCGAACGAGGAUUCCGUCGAGUAAUCAACGACGUGCCUGUGGGUUCACUUCUUGUCCAAUCGGACUUUACAACGGGCGAUCCCCUCCUACUGCAAGUGAUGCUCCCCCAGUACGUCAAACUCCGACAUCUGGCAGAAGAGACUUGGGUGUUCCUUUUGGACGCGCAAAUCGGGACUGCUGCAGCUGCGUUUAUGGCCAUCCGCGUUUUGCUCGACCAUGGCGUGAAGGAAGAUCAUAUCAUCUUUGUGACGUUCCUUGUGGCGAGGACGGGUGGUGUUAGCGUGUUGAGAAGGGCGUUCCCUGGUGUUAAGAUCAUCUGUGGUGCAGUUGAUGAGCACAUGAAGGAAGGAUGGAUGGAGGGUUACAAGGGCGAGGGCAACCCUGAUGGACGAGGCCGGGCGGUGUGGCUGAUGCAGCCUGGGAUGGGCCAAAUCGGCGAUCGAUAUUAUCUAUGA